GGCUGACGGCGACGCUUUACAAAUUUGUUGCGGACAAGUUAACAAAAUAAAUUUAACAAAAUGUUACAAGUGCGAGUUGUGUUUAUCUUGACUUGCAGCAUUCUGUUAAUCCUGCAGACGUCUCAACCCGCUGAUGGCUUCAUCCUGAGACUCAUAACAGAGACUCUGCAAAAUAAUGUAGCCGGCGAGCCCAUAACACACGAGCGGACUGAGUGGAAUUUCGAUCCGGAGGCUGCCAAAAAGGCGCGUGCCAUAUACUUUGAGAAAAACGGUUUCCGUUCUUCAAAAUUCAUUGAACGUUUAGGCGUGGGACUCGAUGGCUAUCACGAGGAGCGUCGCAAGGAGCAGGGCGAACGUGAUUUGGGUCGCUUGAAUGGGGAACAUAAUGUUAAUUAUCCUCCUCCACCUGUUUAAAUAUGUAUACAAACUUAUGCCAUAUGGUUUUUUUUUCGUUGUUAAACUACUACAAGUACGCUGUAUAAUA